CCCGCAAGUCCCCAUGCGGCCAGCGUGUGGCGCGGAGAGACCGGGGCGCAUCUUCGGCGUCCAUCUGCUCUACUGCUUGAAUCCUCGGCACCGGGGUCGCGUCUACGUGGGGUUCACGGUGAACCCUGCUAGUCGGGUCCAGCAGCACAAUAGGGGGAGCAAAAAAGGCAGAGCCUGGCGGACCAGCGGGCGACGGGCCCGUUCAGACUGCAGCAGUCGGGUCACUCUUUCAAAUUACUAUAGCUUUUGGACAAUUUGGGGCUACAGGCUAGAAGGGAAAGAAACUGAGACAGUUAAGUAUUGGGCAGUGGAGGCAGGGCCUGAGGUUGGCACGUUCAAGGGGGACGAACCUUCACGAAGGGGGCGGGCCUCGUGGCCAGGUUUGAAGAACCAUGGAGAGGGCAUCCGGCUUGACACUGAGUGUGAGGGGCGCGACUCAGGCCUCACCCUCUUCUCCCCAGGGAGGAUGGUGCUCAUCGUGCACGACUUCCCAUCCGCAGUGGCAGCCCUUGGGUUCGAGUAGGCCUGGAAGCACCCGCAGGCUUUGCGCCGCCUGGCACACGUGGGUCCAUGCAGCAAGUCAGCCUUCGCUUGCCAUCUGCGCGUGCCGGCGCACAAGCUGCGCGCGCCGCCCUGGUCGCACCUCCAGCUCACCCUGCGCUGGCUGCGCCCCAAAUUCCGCUGUGAUCUCUGCCUGCCGCCACCGCUGCCGCACGUGCUGGUGGCCUUAGGGCCUCCGCCAUCUCGGCCUCGACCCCGGUUCCCAAGGCGCCACACCGGUCCCUUUGUGGACAUCAAGACUGAGUCGAACCAGGGUACCGCAGAGGCCUCGUGCGCUACAGGUGCAAUUCACCCCAGGUGGGGCCUGGAUGAAGAGGGUCCCUUGUGUUGCCCCCACCCUGGCUGCCCCCUGAGGGCUCAUGUGAUCUGCCUGGCAGAGGAGUUUCUUAAGGAAGAACCAGGGCAGCUUCUCCCCCUAGAGGGCCAAUGCCCUAGCUGCGAGAACUCACUGCUUUGGGGAGAUCUGAUCUGCCUCUGCCAGACGGAAACUGAGGAAGAAGACUCAGAAUUAGAAGAGGCACACUGGACAGACAUGCUGGAGACCUGAUUCUCAGUAUCCCUAACCCUCCUCCCACUUCUUUUCUGUGACACCCCCGGCGGAUCUGGCCAGUUUUUACUUGAGUACAAUAAAAAGUCUGACUUUA